AAAAUCAAACAUUUGCAAAUGUUCAGUAGACUCUGUUGCCUGCUCAAGGUUCUCAUGGUCUUUAAAAGGGGAGAUUGGCAGUUGCUUGGGAGGUGUUUAAAGCCUAUUAGCUCCAAUGGAGACUUUCUCCUUGAAGGAAAAAGGACUGGAGGAGAAUUGAAAGAGAAAUAGCUUUGCCACUCUAUGAUCCAGUGACGUUUAAAGCACACACUCAGCAAAUUUUAGAGAAAAUUCAGCAAUUAAAAUGGCUACUGAUUUGGAGGCUUCAGACAAUGGGCAGGAUGGGCCCUAGAAACACGGGAUCUGUGUGUGAAAAAACAGGGUGUCUCCUCUGGGCAGAAGCAGGGCUUCUGGACAGUGCAAGACGUGAUGGGCCAAGAGAAUGAACGAAUGAAUGGAUAAAACAUGAGAGGGGCCUUACAGGAACAGUGAUCAUGUUGUGCCAUGCAGUGGGUGGGGCAGGGAAUGUUCAAAGGUCUGUCAAGCACUGACAUCUCUUCUAGGAUUUGGGGGUUAUACCUCUAGAACUUGGAAGGACAAACCCCCCACCAGUUAUAAUUCUCAUCUGCCAUGUGGGAGACUCAGGUUCAUACCAGCCAGUGCGCCUCGCGCAGCCACCACCUGUCAGUGGGAGCUUGUGUGUUGCUAUGAUGCGGAACAGGUUUCAGUGGAGCUUCCAGACUAAGACAGGCUAGGAAGAAAGGCCUGGCGAUCACUUCCAAAAAUCAGCCAGUGAAAACCCUAUGGCUCACAAUGGUCUGAUCCACAACCCAUCCUGAGGAUGGUGAAGGACUGAGUAGUGUUUCAUUCUGUUGUGCAUGGGGUGGCCAUGGAUUUGGGGCCAUCUCAAUGACAUUACACCUUAUUGACUGAUACCUCAGACCUGUCCAGGCUGAAGGGGGUGCUGGUGACAUGGGGUCUGAACACAGGACCAGAUCCUUGAUUGUUGGGGGCACCUCCGCCAGCCCGUUUCUCUGUUUGCCCCCACAGCCUUCACUACUAACCUUGCCCAUUGACCCCUAGGUCACCAACAUGCCCUAAUGGUGGGCAGCGUGUGGGCAGCUCUGGGGCUUUCCCUGACCUGCACCUGGGCCCUCAGCCUCAUCUCCCCUGCCUGGUUCCAGAUCCCCACCUUCUCCUUUGGCGUCUUUACCUACUGCUCCUGGCCUCAGGGUGACAGCUGGAACCAGAGCUGCAGGACCUUCAGGUCUCUGGACGAUAUUCCUGACAUUGCCUGGAAGGUCUCAGCUGUGAUGCUCCUUGGAGGCUGGAUCCUGCUGGCCUUCAACUCAAUUCUCCUCCUUUCCUGGGCCCUGUUCCCCAAAUGGCUGAGCUCAAGAAAGGGCAGCGGCCCAGCUCCAGGGGUGCAGGUAGCAGCAGCUAUUGCCACUGUUGUGGGCCUGCUGGUUUUCCCGAUCAGCCUGGCCUCCCCAUUCGCUAAGGAAGCCUGCGGAGCCUCCUCCACAUACCGCAGUGGGCACUGCCAGCUGGGCUGGGGCUAUGUGACUGCCAUCCUCAAUGCUGUCCUGGCCAGCCUCCUGUCCAUCAUUGGGUGGCCCCAUACUACCAAGGUCCAGGGAAGGACCAUCCUUAUCUCCAGUGAUACUGAGAGAAUCCUCUUCAUGCCAGAGACAAGCAAAUAAAAAUCUCCUGGGUGGAGCAAAAAACAAAGAAAGAAAGAAACCCACCCUAGCAUUGUUUGAAAUCAUCAUGUAUCUAGCUUCAAAUCCCAUUUCUGCUGUGUAACCUCAGGCAAGCCACUUUACCUGUCUGGGCCUCAGUUUUCCCUUCUGUAAAAUGGAAGUUGAAAUAAUACCCACCACAAAGGGUUGUUAUGAGAAUUGUAAUACUCUAUGUAAAUAAAGCACUUGGCACAGUAUCUGGCAUAUAGCACUCAAUAAACAUUGGUUAAGAACUAUGGUUGCUAACCAAAAGAUUGGUAGUUCAAAUCCACCAGCUGCUCCUUGGAAACCCUAUGGGGCAGUUCUCCUCUGUCCUAUACUAUGAGUCGGAAUCGAUGGCAACGGGUUUGGCUGGGUUUGGUAUUACUAUUAUGGAGUCCCUGGGUGGUGUAAGUGGUUAAUGCUCUUGGCUGCUAACUAAAAGGCUGGAGGUUCAAAUCCACCCAGAGAAGCUUUGGAAGAAAAGACCUGGUGAGGUACUUCCAAAAGGACCAGCCAUUUAAAACCCUAUGGAGGACAGUUCUGCUCUGAGGAGGUCACCACAAGUCAGAGUCAACUCAAUGACAACUGGUUGGUAUUACUAUUAUAACAGCUACUU